AUGCAGGACCAAGAGAUGGUUAUAAUUGAAAACUGCGGAGAGAGGAACAUAUACAAAGAAGAGAGCACAAGAACCCAGCGCCCGGCACAGAGCAGCGGGAAAGGGAUCUGCAAUGUCCUGGAAUACCUAACUGGAGAAAUGAAAGAAUAUGGAGACUGGCUGAAAGAUAAACCUCUCGUGGUUCAGUUUAUAGACUGGGUCCUGAGAGGGACAUCCCAGGUGAUGUUUGCCAAUAACCCUUUCAGUGGGCUUAUUAUUAUAGCUGGACUUUUGAUCCAAAAUCCCUGGCAGACACUCACCGGCUGCUUAGGAACAACUGUCUCAACAUUAACAGCACUUAUUCUGGAUCAAGACAGGUCGGCCAUAGCAGCAGGCCUUUAUGGCUAUAAUGGGGUCUUGGUGGGAUUGAUCACGGCUGCCUUCUCUGACAAGGGAGACUAUUAGUGGUGGCUUCUUUUCCCUGUUGUUGUCACAUCCAUGGUUUGCCCAGUUCUUUCCAGUGCAUUAAGUUCAAUCUUCAGUAAAUGGGACCUUCCUGUUUUUACCCUGCCUUUCAACGCCACAGUUUCUCUCUACUUGGCUGUGACUGGACGCUACAACCUCUUCUUCCCUACAACAUCCAUACAGCCUGUAACAUCAGCACUCAACAUUACGUGGUCUGAACUCCACACACAACUGCUCUUACAGUCCAUUCCUGUUGGAGUGGGGCAGAUGUAUGGCUGUGAUGACCCCUGUGCCAUCUUCCUGGCUGCGUUGCUCGUCUCUUCUCCACUCAUUUGCUUGCAUGCUGCAAUUGGAUCAACAGUGGGCAUGCUGGCAGAAGAAAGUAAUUCUGCAUCUAUACCAUGGAGUUGUGGUAUCUGGAGCAUCUUCUGCUAUGUAUCAUAAAAGGUGCCUGUUAUCUUAAGAGCACUUACUUGGCAGACACAUCUGAUGGCACUUGCCUGUGUCCUAUUUUGUGCCUAUGCUGGAGCAGCUCUUACUAGUGUCUUGUCAGUGAUUAGAUUGCCACUCUGCACGUGGCCUUUUUGCUUCUCUGCACUUCUCUUCCUACUACUAAUGACAAACAACCCAGCCAUCUACAAGCUACCACUCUGCAAAGUGACCUACCCAGAAGCCAGCCGAGUCUAUUAUCUGAGAAUGAAAACAAAUUAUUACAGGGAAAAGAUUGAAACCCACCAAGCACAACAGAGCAAAGACUUACACGGUCAGAAAGCUGCCAUGGAGGACAGUGUCGAUGUUAAGAUAGAAACGAAUGGGGCGAGGAAGACCACAAAGCAGAAUCCAGUGAGCAAAGGUGGAAAGAGAGUCUGCAGAGUCCUUGGCUAUAUCACAGGAGACAUGAAGGAGUUUGAAGACUGGCUUAGAGAUAAACCUCUCGUGUUUCAGUUUAUUGACUGGGUCCUACGCGGGACAUCCCAGGUGAUGUUUGUCAACAACCCUCUCAGUGGACUGAUCCUGAUUGCUGGGUUCCUGGUCCAGAGUCCAUGGUGGGCAAUCACGGGCUGUUUAGGAACAGUUGUCUCAACUUUAACCGCACUCACCCUGAGCCAGGAUAGAUCAGCCAUAGCAGCAGGCCUACACGGCUAUAAUGGAGUCCUGGUGGGAUUGCUCAUGGCUGUCUUCUCUGACAAGGGGGACUAUUACUGGUGGCUUCUUCUCCCUGUUGCUCUGACGUCCAUGACAUGCCCCAUUUUCAGCAGUGCUUUAGGCUCAGUCUUCAGCAAGUGGGAUGUUCCUGUCUUCACCUUGCCUUUCAACUUUGCCCUGACUUUAUAUGUGGCUGCCACCGGACACUAUAACCCCUUCUUUCCUGCAACACUCAUUCAGCCUUUAACCUCUGUACCUAACAUCACCUGGACUGCUAUUGAAGUGCCAAAGUUGUUCCAAUCCAUUCCCGUUGGAGUUGGACAGGUGUACGGCUGUGAUAACCCCUGGACUGGAGGCAUCUUCCUGGUUGCUUUGCUCAUUUCCUCUCCGCUCAUUUGUCUGCAUGCUGUGAUCGGAUCAGCGGUGGGGGUAGUGGCAGCCCUGAGCCUGGCAGCACCUUUCAGUAACAUCUACUCCGGCUUGUGGAACUACAACAGCUGCCUCUCAUGCAUCGCAAUUGGAGGCAUCUUCUAUGCUUACACCUGGCAGACUCUCCUGCUUUCAGUUGCUUGUGCUCUCUUUACUGCCUAUCUAGGAGCAUCUCUGGCUAAUAUGUUUUCUGUGUUUGGAUUGCCAUCAGGUACCUGGGCCUUCUGCUUGUCUGCCCUUACCUUUCUGUUGAUGACCACAAAGAACUCCUCCAUCUACAAGUUGCCUCUCUCCAAAGUCACUUACCCAGAAGCCAACUGGGCCUAUUACUUGGCAAUGAAGAAACAUCACCAGCCCUCCUGUGAGGUGUAAAUGCUAAGGCAGAAAUAUACUUUGUGAUUCCAAAAACAGCAGCACAAUGUGGUUCCCAGAAUAGGCUGACUGGUGUGCAAUACCAUCAAGAGAAAAUCAUUCACUUUCAAAUGGAGAGAUUUUUUCCUCAGUGGUGUUCAUUUAUUGUCUUCCAUAGCUACUGCACUGGAUUAUGAGUACCUGUAACAGGUACCAAUCCAUACUGGCUGAAUCCAAAGCAAUGAAGAAGACAACCCCUCUGGGAAACUUUCCAGCCAGGACCUGAGAUUGAACAGAGGUUGGCUUCAUUUCAGGUAGAUGAGAUAGAUAUCUAUUAGCAAGGAAAGUGGAUAAGAUGGUGCCAUUUAUCAGCGGUGCCAAAGUUUGACGUUCUAGCUCAUGGUCUUGUUAUGGCCCAAUGAAGAGGUAACUAACCCCACCUUUGCAAAAACCCACAUGCAGAGACAGACAAAGAGCACUGAUCUGUUGCGUUUCUAACUCCUGUGAUUUUACCACAGUUGCAGACAACUAGAAACUACGGCAAAUAAAAACAACCCCCAAAUGAUGAUUUCUUUGG